AUGCUUCAUGCCGAAUGUAGAAUAAGACUGUUGGAGUGUCAGGAUGAAAUCACAAUUGAGCCACGUUCUAAAAAAAUGAAGUCAACAGAAGAGGCUUAUGAGAAACUCUGUAAUGAUGAUUACCAAAGUUUCCAACAGAAGGUGGAUGCUGAAAGAACAUCUGAUGAAUUGGCACUGUGGUGUAUCUCGGACAGCCAAGCAGAGCAUGAAAUGCAGAAGGAAGAGAAAAUACCUACAGGUGUCUCAGCAACUCUGAAUGAAGUGUUUCCUGAGAAAAACCUAGUGCUUAGUCAGCCAGCGGAUCCUGAGAUCAGGCAGAAUACAAAUCAUCCCUUUGUACAAGGAGAUGGUGUUAAAGUUGAAGAUAAGCAAGGCCCCUCUAUUACUGGUGUUGAUGAAAGUAAUAAAAAUAGCAUUAAAUUGUUCUCAGUAAGUAGAAAUGAAUCAAAUGAAGAGUUUUUUACAAGCAAAGAAUUUAUUGGACCGAUUUACAAGCCCACUGAAAGUAACAAACAGGACAAACCUCAGAGUUGCAUUGAAAGUAAUGGGAGAGAUGAGAAUGAAGCGCAUGAAAACAAAGUGCAAAGGAAAGCAAAGAGAACACAGACUGCCUCUGCUGCUCUAAUGGAUGAUGAGCUGUGCCAGUUUUAUAAAGAAAUUCACCAGCUUGAAAAGGACAAUUUGGAAGGUAAUUUUCAGGAAGAAGAAACUAAAUCUUCUCUGGAACCAUGCUCUCCAUUUAAGUUCAGUCAAACAGCACAUGAGGAUUCUCAGCGGACAUUACUGGGCAGCCCACAACGUUUUUAUGAGAUGGGACACCGUUUCUCUGAGGAACAGAAGGAUCAGGAAGCAAAUGCCGAGCAGCAGCUUGACAGGGAAACAAGUGGCUGGAAAACUGAAAAUGGCUUUAAUGGACAAGUAGAUUUGAAGUUUUGGAACAGCUCAGUGCCUGAAUUCAGACCUUCCUGGCAGUCAAAAGAGUCUUUCAUAGUACCUCAGGGACCUCUCCCUCCUCUGCCUCCUAGAUUCAAUCAUCAGUCACACUUUCAAAUAUUUAAUUCCCCACCACAAAAAACAAAUGCUUUUCCUUCUCGUAAUGAAGAACUUUCUUACAAAAAUUAUCAUGGUUACCAUGGAAAUAAUGAUAUCAAUUGGCCUGGUCCAUUACCUGAUCAAGGGGCUGGCUGUGUUGGUCAUAUUGAUAUCCAUAGUGCUCAGGAAUCCAAAAAUGGAAAUACUGACAAGAAUGUACCCCAAAAUAGUGGUUUCUGUGAAACCAGAGAAGAGUGUUGGAAAGAUCCUAAAAAUUACCAUGCAGAUGGAAUGCCCUGCUUUCCUUUCCUGCAGCCACCUGAGGAAAAGCUAUGUAGUUCACAGAAGUUGCUCCUGAUUUUAAGAGGUCUCCCUGGUUCGGGGAAAUCAACACUGUCUCGUUUGCUGCUCAGCCAGGAUUGUGAUGGCAUCAUACUCAGCACCGAUGAUUAUUUUCAUCAGCAAGACGGAUAUACAUAUAAUGCUACUCACCUUGGUGAUGCCCACGACUGGAAUCAGAAGAGAGCAAAGCAAGCAAUGGAGGAGGGGAAAUCUCUGAUUAUAAUAGACAACACUAAUACUCAAGCCUGGGAAAUGAAACCUUACGUGGAAACGGCUCUAGAAAAGGGAUACAGAGUGGAGUUCCGUGAGCCAGAUACUUGGUGGAAGUUUAAUCCUGAAGAAUUAGAAAAGAGGAAUAAGCAUGGGGUCAGUCGUGAGAAGAUUGCUCAGAUGUUGGAACGAUAUGAAUAUCAAAUAUCCAUACCCAUUGUCAUGAACUCAGUGGUACCUCCUCACAAACACAUGCAAAAACCACCUCUGCAGAGAAGACAUAGGUGGGAAGGCAAUACAGACUCAUGGAAUUAUUUCAGUAUUUCUAAUAACUGAUAACACAAGUUGCAGCCAGUUAAUAAAAAUCUCUUAUUUGCCAUUCUUAAA